CGCUGUGAUCGUGGGAGUUUCAGUGCUUCCUCCUGAGCAGCAGCUGUUUCAGCCUCAGCGUGAAGCUGAUCCUGAGAGUCCGAGUCGCUCUCAGAGCUCAGGCGGAUGCUGUUGGGUUAAAAUGCGGAGUUUUUAGCGGGACGUUGGCCAGCUCUCUCGACGGUUGAGGUCGACCUUGUCCGGGGGAGCAGCCGCUGAUCACGCCGGGCUGCGGUGCGCGUCCGCCGGACACAGAGACAAGCUCCUCCCGGUGUUCAGUUAUCUUUAAAGUCAGGAUGAUGAAUACUGAUGAUGAUGAUGAUGAUGACGGUGUGAAAUUAUGUAAGAGGCUGCUGGAGAGUGAGCACGCGGAGGAGAGGAGGAGGAGGGUUUAUGUAACACUCCUCCUCAUCCAGCAUCGCUCCGCCGGCCGGCCUCCACCCUGAAGUCCUCCACACAUCCCUGUCUUCUCCUCUCUGAGCUUCUGCAACUUUCUUCUCACCAGAGACUCAAAAGUGUUUCUAUUCGUUUCUCUGAUUUAUGUCUCCGGGAUUUCUCACUUCUGCUGGAGACGCUGAGCUGAUGGAUUCGUGGUCCUGAGAAGGAAAUCGGCAGAAAUCGAACAUGUGCUGAAGAGACCCGAAGACGAACAGACAUGAUCCCUUUAUCUCCCUGAGGAACUGACCAAUCAGUAGUCAGGAUGAUGCCCAAGCAGCAGCUGGCGCAGACGUCUCCGGGGAGUGUGUUGUCGCUCAGAGGCACCAGCGUCCCAGGAUCCCCUGCUGCUGCCAUCGUGGCCAGAGUGGAGGACGGGGUUAUCGGCUAUAAGGACUUGGCAGCCUUACCGAGAGACAAAGCCAUCCUGGACAUCGAGAGACCCGAUCUGAUGAUCUACCAGCCGCACUACAGCUACAGUCCUCUGGAGAGGUCCUUGUCUCCUCGCUCCAUCUCUCCUCCUCCCUCCCCAGAGAAUCUGUCCAAGGAGACAAGGGAGUGGCUCGAGAGCCGAUCACCUGGAGGGUCCUCGCCUGGUUCCACCAUCCCGAGCACCAGAACCCACAGCACACACACCCCGUCAACGCCAAACACACCAACCACACCCAACGCACACUCGUCUGGUACUGUGAAGAGCACCGUGCAGCAUUUCCACAGGCCAGAAAAUGGUACCAACAUCUACAAGAAGCCUCCCAUCUACAAACAGGAUGUGUCGUCCUCUUCGGUCCCUCAGGGGAAACACAUCGAGGAUUUGAUCAUCGAGUCUUCAAAGUUUCCUGCAGCUCAGCCUCCAGACCCGAACCAGCCCUCCAAGAUCGAGACCGACUACUGGCCCUGCCCCCCCUCGCUGGCCGUGAUUGCAGAAAAGGAAUGGAAGAGGAAGGAGCAGAAAGUCGAGGAGGAGGAGGAUGGAGAGCUGGAUGAUGAGCUGUGGGGACUCAGAAAGCUUCAGAAGCAAGAGCUGAACAAGAUUCAGUCUAAUCUGGGCAAAAUCAUCCUGAAGGAGGAGCUGGAGAAGUCUGCAGCGCCUCUGAGGAGGAAAACCCGCUCUUUACCAGAGCGCAGCCACAACGCCGGGUCCAACGCCUCCAGGUCCGUGUAUUUCCCAGCGCCCUCUAAGAGCGGCCUGUCCAGGCUGCGCUCGGCCGAGUUCAGCUCCUCGGAGAAACCUGCUGCAGGGCUUCAGAACGGGGACUCGAGGAUGGACAGAGGGAACUCUCUCCCCAGCAUGCUGGAGCACAAGGUUUAUCCCUACGAGGUGCUGGUGGUGACUCACAGAGGACGCAGCAAACUGCCCCCCGGUGUGGAUCGGACACAGCUGGAGAGGCACCUCUCUCAGGAGGAGUUCUUCAGUGUUUUCGGGAUGUCCAUCGAGCAGUUCGAUCGCCUCUCCCUCUGGAAGAGGAACGACCUGAAAAAAAAGGUCUGUCUCUUCUGAAGCUGCUCGCCUCACAGUCCCACGCUUCCAGCCGGCGGGACGCGGAACCAAACGGACUCCGAGCGCCAUCAUCAGCCGACACCCUCACUUCAGUUUUUAGACACCUCAGGAGGCUUCAGGUUUGCAGAGAAACAUGAGUGCUGCACACAUUAACGUCACCGUUUAUCUGCAAAACGUUAGCGAUGAAGGACGGAGCGAGCACAAAUAAUACAUCACAGAACGAGGACGAGUCUGCGGUCUGUGGCGGUUCGUGAUGGGUCAGCGCUCUCACAAGACCCUCUGAACCCCUGCAUCCCAGCCACAGUCGGACAACCGGCCAACAUUCCUGCUGACUCCGAGCCAGCUCCUGGACUGACGAACAAACCUGUUGCAAUCUUUAUACGAAGAAUUAAUCCUAUUGGCUUAGCCAGCUAUGAUGUCAUAGUGACAGCACUUCUUUCCAGCAUCAAAGAGAAAAACAAGCAGACGGUUUUAUCGCAGUCGCUCGACUUCAGUCAUGACAGACUGAACGCCCUCCUUAAACCUGCGGCCGGCGCACAAACUAACCCAGCGUGGUUUAGUUGAUGAUGUCAGCAUGUCGUUUAAUCACAACAAAAUAUAAAAACCAUCUUUAGACAAUUUUAUUUGACCUUAAAAAACAAAAAGUGGAAGACAUUAAAUAAUAAUAUAAAAGCUCAGCUUGACCUGAGUUCAUAAACAAACACAGUGACUGAUUUUACUGCCCAUCAUAUGAGAACAUGAGGCUAAAAAGUACUAAGAAGCUGCUAAUUAAAGACCAUAAGCUGACUAAAAGGAACAAAUCAUUUCUGCCUCAAGUGGCGAUUACAGGAACUGCAGUUUUCUGUCAACCAAAGAGGCCACGCCCCUAAUAAUACAAACUUUGAAACUUUAAUGAGUUUCUUAAAGUAAUAGACACACCCAACCCGACCCCCAGUACAGCUGACAGUCGCCUCACAGCUGGGGAGCUGUUACUGACUGAGUUUGGGGACAGACUAUCCAAUCAGGAGCCCCCUUUAAGCUCAAAGGGUGGUCCCUUUCUUCUCCUCUCGUUGGCUCCGGUUGCUUUGAAGCUUGUUCAUCAUGCGUUGAUCCACAGCCUCCGCUGGCUGUGAUGAAACCGUCUCCUCCCAGUUUUUUUCUUUCUAGUUCAGCAGAAGCCACUGCCACACACACACACACACACACACACACACACACACGUUUUCAUAUCUUAGUGAGGACAUCUAAUUGACAUAAUGCUAACCAUCAGAAAUGAAUGCCUAACUGUGACCCUGACACUAAACACCACCUUUAAACUCGGGGACGGGCACUUUGUCCCCAUAAAGGCUGUUGACCUCCACAAGUAUAGUUACAUGCUGGUUUUGUCCUCACAAAGAUGUCUAAACAGGUGUACACACACACACACUUCUGAGAGAUGUUUGCAGUGCAGGCUGAGCUCUGACGGCUCUGGUUCCUCCAAUCAGCGUCUGCGAGUGUUGCUUAGUGACCAAAUGAUGUGCAGCUAUUUUUUAACCUACAUAAAGAAAGUGGCAUGUUUGUUAUUAAUGGAGUCUAACUAAAAAUGAAAUGAUAGAUCCUGAAUGUUGACGAGAACACGGCGGGCGAGUUCAGCUCUUCCGUACGUGUGACGUCAUCACUCUUUGUUAAAUAUAUGUAAUGAAACAUCCACCAGCUGCACUGAAUAUCAGCAUGUUUCACAGCUGUAGGUGGUUAAACCCGCGCGGGCUGGACUCAGGACCGGACGUAACGGUGGUAUACAAAUCAUUUUUAAUGUGUUGGUAAAUCAAGGCCAGCAGGUCUGAAAAGGAGAGGGGAUUUCCUCCCUCCACGAGGUGCAAUCACAAAGUUCUGCAACAAAUAAAAAUCAAACGUGUUUCUGGAUUCGUACGAUGACUACGUACGAUGGUGAUGACUCUGUCUUAAACCACAACUCAGAGACCAAACGCAGCAUCCCUGUCGCUGUGUGCUAGCACAGCGUGCCAGCCGCUGACUGUUGCAUUGAAGAAAAGUUGAUUUGUGUUUGUUUCACAGCUUAGAGCGCCAGAGGCCUGAGGGUCAGACUUCAGAGCAGGACGUCCAAUGAGCAGAGGUGGGCGUGGUUAGACAGCGCCUCGAUGCGGUCACAGGUGGGCGUGGGAACAUAGACCCGGUGAUAACUCGGGAGCUUCACGCUUGCCGACAGGUGCAUCAGGUCCCCUCCACCCGUGUCCGCUGAGAGCCGCCACCUGAGACUCGGACGGGUUUGAUUUUUGUUGUUGGAAAACUUGUGAUUGCAGCUCGUUCACAUCAGCAACACGAGCUCGUCAUUAAAUCAGGACUUUAUGAAGCUGCUGCUCGUCUGCUGUUAGCGUCCAUCAGAGUCUUUUUACUGAUCUUCAGUUUCACAUAGUUUGAACUGAGCUCGCUGGGCUCUGGGAGGUUUCUGACUAAUUUUUGCAAAACAGUCUUUUAUUCUUAAAGCUUUAAGGCCUUCUUCCUUUAAUAAAGUAACAAUAAUAAUAAUAAUUCUAAGCAUGUAAAAACGAGGCGUUCGCGUCUCAGCUCGUUCGUUCCUUCAAGUCCGAGUUCAGUAGCUCCGCCCUGCGUGAGGUUUAAGCUCAGAUCACUCUCACUGCAUCAGUUUUAAAAAGAAAUCACCACCGCCACUUCCUGCAUCACCCGCCAUCACGUCUGCCUCGCUGCUUCCUGUAUCUGUGGAUCAAUAAAAUAAAAGACUGAGGAUAAAACAGAUGGAGAAGUGAGACGUGUCAGAGCGAGCAUCGGUCACUUUAUGAUUUCCUCUUUUCUUUCUUUAACUUUUCUUUUGUCUGGAUGAUUCUGACGCCGUUCACCCAGACGCGCUCUGAUUGGUUUGUGUAGUUAGAAACAGGAAGUGAUUGCUGUGACGACACAUGAUUGUUCCAUGUUUUUCUUUUUUGUACAUUGAAGUGUUUUUUCUGUUUUUCUUGAGUUCUUUAGACUCGCAGGGCGGCUUCAGCGCCCGUCAGCGUCUCUGCUCGUUCACCUGCUGCGUGCGUGAUGUCAGGAUGAUGAUGUCAUAUGUUAUUCUAGCUUUCUUUGAAACACGCUGGUAGUUACGGGUUUGAGUUUCUCUUCUUUGGACUCGUGUUUCUCACCUCACGGCGAGCAGAACGACCUGAAGAAUUACAAUAACCCAAAAAACUAUUUAACAUAUUUUUAUCCUUGUUUUUCUUUGGACUCAUUAUGAGAGUCAGACGCAUGUUGGGAAUUGUACCUCCGGCAGUUUGAGAAAUACGAGCCCAGAGGUCAGAGGUCAGACUCGCUGACGAGCAGCCGCCCUGCUGCUGUACAUACUGAACCACUGAAUGACUUCAUGCUAGUUGCUGUUGUUUUCUUCUGUGGAUGCAGCUGCUGUAACAGAUGAAUGGUGACGUGAGUGAUUAACCAGGAGUUACAAUAAAGAGCAUUUCUAUUUGGAGAAAAAA